ACAAUAUGAGUUUGACGUAUGAAAGAAAAGAAAUCAUCUCGAAGAGUUGAGAAUCUGAUUGCUUAUUAGGCACACAUUUUGUUAGUGGACGAAGCGGCAAUGUGAACGAAUCGGAUUAUGCAACAGACAGACUCUUCUUUCAUCCUUGUCGAUCCUUGUGCCGGCUCGUGGAGCCAGGCUACGCAUCUGUAUUUUCCAGUAUGGAUAUUUCCACCUCCUCGUACAUACAUGUACACAACCAUACAAACAUACGGUAAGCAGCCAUUAGUUUCGGAUUUCUUAUCGCUCGUCGGGGGUGGAGGUGGGUGGCUAAGGAGAAAUAAAGCCCGGAGCCCAGCCGGUGAAUGCGGUCACGGAUAGCGAAAUUUCUCUCUCUCGGGUUGUUUCGUUCUUCCGGAAACCAAGGAAUACCUCGUUCGUUCUCGGGUAAUCCAAGCGAAUCGCCUUUGCUGUUUCGACACGCUGGACCAUCGGCAGUCGCUCGUGACGUCUUCCUGGAUGCUGAGGCAUGCGCCCUAAAAACCUCGGGAUUGAUGUAUUGCAGAGCGCAGAUCUGCAUUUAUUACCUGCUGUGGACAGCGACGUUGAGUUCAAGAAUUACCUUACAAGAGGAACUGACCACUGCAGAAGGUUGGGACUGUCCUGCAGAAUGCAUUUGCCUUUCUUCAAAACAGGUACUCUGCAAUACAGGUGGGCUAAAAGAUAUUCCCACCCAGCAAUUGCCUCUGGCAGUGGAGGAGCUCUCUCUGACAAAAAACAACUUUCCGGUGAUAAAAGCCGACGCGUUCGAUCGCUUGAAGGUCCUGCGAAAACUGACCAUGGAUGGUAAUAACAUCUCGACGAUAAAGCCGUUCGCAUUCCGCGGCCUUAACAAGCUGCGCAAGCUCUCGAUUCAAGACACGCCUCUGCCGUGUAUACAAGAGUUCUCGUUCGCCGCUCUACAGAACGUAUCCCAGUUGCUGCUGGCGAAUAACAAGAUUCGCUACAUAGAAAGCCACGCGUUUGUUGGAACGUCGAACAUCUUGCUGAUCCUGUUGAGCAACAAUCCUCUGCUAAGGAUCCACAGCUACGCGUUCUCCGGCCUGACGAACGUCGACCGCCUAAUAUUCCCAUCGGGGAUCAGGAUCAUCGAAAAGGACGCGUUCGACGGUUUCCAACACGUCAACCUCCUCAAGUUAACUUACAUGGACCUGACCUCCCUUCAGUCGCACACCUUUCGCGGUCUGUCUUAUGUUCAUUCGUUGAACAUCUUGAACAGCGAUCUCGGCGUCGUCGAAAAAGACGCCUUCACCGGGCUGACCAACGUCGGCCAGCUGAAUAUAGUGAACAACAAAAUCGAUCUGAUCGAGAGACUGUACCUGAACGAGAGCAGUAUUAAUCUGUUAAGAUUCCAUGGGAACCAUGUACUCGAGGCGCCCCGCCAUCCUAGAGAUAUCAGUCUCGAAGUCGGCUCGAUCAGCGUUGUUGAUAAUCAUUUUCCCUGUGAUUGUCAAGCCCACAAUGUUCUCGAGAGCGAUUUCGUCAAUGGUACCGCAACCGAGUUCCAGAAAAAGAACUACUGCAUCUCGCCGAUCGAGUACAACGGCAAGCCCAUGAACCUCGUCGACUUCGACUUAAUCGCCAGGUGCCACGAUAACGUUGUGCAAGACAACCUAGGUUCAGGAGUGAUCGGGAUCUUUACAUUGCCGACCACUCUCUUAUUCGUUCUUUUCUUCUCCAUGAAUCUCUUCCAAUGAGUCUAUAGCGUCUAUUACAAUGUGUUCUUCUCUGUAUCGUAGCGUUUGGUUGCAAAGACUGUCUUUACAGGUACAAUCUUCUAACACAUUUCUUUCUCUGUAUAACGUCGCGCGCGAUAUUACAGAAGAAACGCCGUAUUCCCAAUUCUUCUUCCGUUAACUUGUAAAACACAUUUGGUUACCGAGUAGACGUUUCAGAUUUCGACUCGGGUGUAUGAAAAAAAAGAAAAAAUGAAAUCAUUCGUAGAAGAGAUUCUGUUUCAGAAUUAUUUAUUUCAGAUCAUCUAAUUUACACGAUCUCCACUUGGACGAUACUUUUUGAAAGUAUAUCAAAGACUUUUUGACUUCUGUUUCAUGUAGAACUAGGGAAACGGUGACUGUACAAAUAAUCAGUUACAGAAUUGCCCUUCCUAAAUAACGAUUCACCGAUUAUACUCAUUAUUGUGAUUCGGAGAAGAUAGCCUCGUGUGGCUGAUUAUUGUUACAGCUCUGCUUUACACGAAACAAUUAUCGAGAACUUUUCCAAGACAUUUACUGUAAUCGAUCAUAUUGUAACUCGCACAAUUUUAAGCAUGCGACUAUGAGCUUUAAAACUGACCUGUAUAAAUUAGGUCGGUAAACUGCAUCCAUUUUGGAUUUACUCUGUGAAAUGGGGACACAUUUGCGAACGAGUACUUGCUCACAUUUGUUAUUUCGUAUCACAUCGACCCUCUGUUUCGUUCAUUUCUUUCUUCGUAUUAAAGCGCGAUUCUGCAAUCUAAUUUAAUUACUUGAAAACGUUCCUUUUCAAUACGUUCUAAUGUACUUUCCGUAACCGUUUAACAGAUUCUUCUAGUUUAUUUAUAUAUACAAUAAUCCGUAUCUAUAUAGAUAAUUAACAUAUUUUUACAAUAUUAUAUUACAAUGCAUGGAACAGAGGGUGUACAGCAAGAUUCGAGCAAAUAAAUCUCGUCGACGAUGAAAGUAUAUAGGAACUAAGGUAUAAUAAGUUGAACAUAUACGUAUAAGGGAUGUUCAUCGAAGGAACAAAAGUCGCGUGAUUUGAAGGAUUACACGAGUAGCGGUAACUUAUGCUUGAUCCUAGAAAGAGUUACCAUCUCUCAUAAUAAAGAAUUAAUUGAGUUGAUAAAUUAGAAUAUUUUCUAUCGAAAUUUUAGUACAAAAAAUAAGGGUGCUCGCUUCUUAAAGAAAUAUAAUUCUACUAGAGAUACGAAAUUGAAUCGUUUUUUUAUAUUAUUUUAAUAAGUAAAUAAAUCGAGGAAAUUCCGAACGGUUGAGAGUUAAUUCAUUUCAAGAUAAAUCUACGUGUGCAGAGCGUUGCAUAAAAGUAACGAGAACAGUAUACCUAGUACUUAAUAGAAUUUACUUUGCGUAUCAGGAGUGCAGUUACUUGGAUUCCGGGAACAAUACGAUCUACGUUUAAAAUAUUUCCAUACUCUUGUCACAGAUAUAGCAUUCCUAAUAUUGAUUGCAUCUGAACGUUUUGCAAAUGUUAUUCAAUAAUAAAGACUUUUAAAGCUCACGCUCCGAAGCUUUCCAUUCGUAAUAGAGGGCAAAAUUUCGAUUGUUUUUCUAAACGAUAAAAAAAGCUAAUCAUGUCCUCGAAGUUAUAAAAAACAAUGAGAAAAAACGAAAGGGAAACUGUUUUUACCCUUGCCACUUACAAUGUUAAAUCUGCGUGCCCUUCGGUCAGCAUAGUAACCGAGGACCAAACUAGCUUAUAUUUUUUACGAACAUGUAUCACGUAACAUAUAAUAGAAAACAAUAAUUAGUAGCUGUAAUCUUUCAUUGUAGUUUAGAACAGUCCGUCAUUUAAUAAACAAUAAAGAACGAGCAAAAUGUAUAUCAUU